UGUUAAGUUUUCCGGGAUGUUGUUCCACACGGCUAUUUCAUGUUUACAUAUAAGGAAAUUACAUUGUAGUAGGAGUGGGGGGGGAUUUGUAAGUGAGGUGACAAAAGACGGAUAAGAAAUGCCGGUCAAAGAGUGGAAUCUUUGGCCAAGAGCACGUUUCAGUCCCAUCUGAGCGUAAAGUGUAUGUUAUUGAACAUAUGUGCUCACAUACGCUUGUGAAAUAGUGUGUUCGAGGAAUAGUGACGUGUAAAACAGACGAGCAUUGUUUACUUUUGCCUUCUAUAUGAGAGGAGAUUCGGAAAUAAAAUAUUUAUCAAAGAAAUACCCUUUUUUGAUUUUGUGUCUAGAGAAGCAAAAAUUUAAAAGUUGCGAUGGGAAAAGCAAAAAGAGGCAAAAAAGGUGCCAAGGAUGAGGAAAUUGAAGAUGAUGUUGGGGAAUCGCAAUUUAUUGAUGAAACACCUGUUAAAGGGAAGGAAAAGAAAGUUAAACCUAGGAAUAAGGAUGAAAAUGAACAGGAUUUGGAAGAUAUAGAUGAUGAAAAUGAUUCAACAAAGAAGAAAAGGGUAAAGAAGGAGAAGAAAAAACACAAAGAAGGUGGUGAUCGUGAGACUGAUAGUGAUGAAGAUGAAUCAGGAAAGAAGAAGAAGGUAAAAAAGGAGAAAAAGAAACAGAAGGACGAUGAUGAUGACGACCACGAGGCAGACAGUGUCGAGAAAAAGCUAGAGAACCUGCAUAUCGAUACAGAACAUGCAGGAAAAAAGCAGGCGAAGAAAAAUAAAGGAGCCGAUGUGAAUGAAGAUGAUGAUAUCGUAAAGCAGCCUUCUAAACCUUCAAAGGCAAAGAAACAGCAAAAAAUUAUGGUGGCUGAUGAAGAUGAAGAUAGUGAGAGUGAAGAAAAAUCUAAAACCCCUGUCUCUCAGAAUAAGAAAAAGGGGGCUAAGAAAAGUUUUGCUUUGCUGGAUGUAGAUGAUGGUGACUCUGGCUCAGCUAGUGAUAAGGAUAAGAAUAGAGACUCAGAAGAAGACACGCGUGAAGUAAAAAAGGCAAAGUCAAAUAAAAAGGUUGUGUCUAGGACUGAUAGUUUUGAGGAUGAUAGUGAAAGGACGAAAGAAGAUAAAAGUGCAGUGAGUGGUGGCAAGAAAGGGAAAAAAGCCAGGCGGAAGAAGGAUGAAGAUGAUGAGGAGGACAUUGAGAGAAUGUUAGCUGAACUGGAGAUGGAAUAUUCAGGUGUGAAGAAAGAACAGGUUGAAGGUACAGAGGAGAAAAAAGUUAGUGCAGAUGGUGAUUUAGGGGCGAAGAAAGAUUCUAAAAAGAAAAGUAAGAAGAAAUCUAAAAUUGACGUUGAAGACGUGGAACUUGAUGACGAUGAUGUGACUAUAGUUGAUGGUGAGGAACUUGAAAGUACUGUUAAGACUGCUGCACAGAAGAAGAAGGAGAAGAAAGAAAGAGAGAAACAGAAGAAACUUGCUCAGAAGAAAGUGGAACCAGUUAAGAAGGCUGAAGAGAAUCAAGAAAGUGAUAGACCUGCCACAGUAAAGCCUGAGGAGAAGGUGAAGCCUGAACAAAAUGAAGAGAAACAGCCUGUUGAGGGAGAAGAAGAUGAAGAUGGUAAGAAGAAAAAGAAAAAGAAGAAAGGUAAACCGGAAGAGGAAACAAAGGAAAAAACAAAAGGUCCAACAAAGAAAGCUAUAGCUGCUAUGCAAGAGGCACUUAAAAAACUGAAAGAAGAGGAAGAGAGGCUAGCCAAGGAGGAAGAAGAGAGGCUCAAGAAAAUUGAGGAAGCAGAGAGAGCAAAGGAAGAGCAGAAACGUUUGGAGCAGGAACGAAAGGAACGAAAGAAGCAGAAGGAAAAGGAGCGUAAGGAAAGACUGAAGGCUGAAGGCAAGCUUUUGACUGCAAAACAAAAGGCUGAUCGUGCUAGAGCACAAGCAAUGAUCGAAGCACUGAAGGCACAAGGUGUUGAUGUUCCAAAUGUGGGUGAGAAGAAACAGACCACACCAAGACCAGGGACACGAAUCAGGCCAAACAAAGUAAAGGCGCAACCACCCACUCCCGCCCAACAGGAAGCUACAGUUGAACGCAAGGUGGAAGUUGAAAUUGUGGACAAAAUACCUACAGAAGUAAACAAUAAAGAUGUUAAGGAUGAAGAGGACGACGUUAAAGAAGCAUGGGAUGCAGAAUCAUCUCAGGAUGAAGAGGAAGAAGAGAAAUCAGAAGGGGAGAAAGUGGAGGUAGGAAAGAAAACACCAGAAAAGCAAAAGAGUCAAGAUGAUGAAAAAGAGGAAGAGGAGGAAGAAGAGGAAGAAGAAGAAGAAGAAUCUGAAUCUGGAGAAGAAUCGGAGGAUGAAAGUAGCGAGGAAGAUUCUGAAGAUAGUGAAGAAGAGCACAAGACUGAUGCUGAAAGAAAGAGGGAACGGGCGCUUGCUCGUAUACAGAAACGCCGUGAAGAUGCUGAGAAGAACAAGUCACUAGAUGUUCUCCGUGCAGCUGUUGUGUGUGUCCUGGGUCAUGUAGAUACAGGCAAAACAAAGAUUCUUGACAAAUUACGACGUACCAAUGUGCAAGAUGGAGAAGCUGGAGGAAUUACUCAGCAAAUAGGUGCAACAAAUGUCCCCAUUGAUGCAAUUAAGGAACAGACCAAACAUGUUAAAGGGUUCUCUGAGACGGAAUUGAAGAUACCAGGUCUACUCAUCAUUGAUACACCAGGACACGAGUCCUUCAGCAAUUUACGAAGUCGUGGUUCCUCACUGUGUGAUAUAGCAAUUCUAGUUGUUGAUAUCAUGCACGGGCUUGAACCACAGACAAUUGAAUCGAUCAAUUUGCUGAAAAACAAGAAGACACCAUUCAUUGUAGCACUAAACAAAAUUGACAGGUUGUAUGACUGGCAGACAAUGAACAGAAAGGAUGUGCGGGACAUCAUCAAGGGCCAAGCUGCAAAUACGCAACUGGAAUUUGAGCAGAGGACUAAAGAAGUCAUUGUCCAGUUUGCCGAACAGGGUCUCAAUGCUGCUCUAUUCUAUGAUAAUCCUGAUGUCCGGAGUUACGUCUCCCUGGUACCUACAAGUGCCAUUACAGGGGAGGGCAUGGGAAAUCUACUGGCUCUUAUUGUUGACAGCUGUCAGAAUAUGUUGGCAAAGAGACUGAUGUACUCAGAGGAACUUCAGGCAACAGUUUUGGAGGUGAAAGCUAUACCUGGCCUGGGAACAACUAUUGAUGCAAUUUUAGUCAAUGGAAGACUUCGAGAAGGUGACACCAUGGUCCUUGCAGGCACAGAUGGUCCAAUUGUGACGCAAAUUAGAUCCCUCCUGAUGCCGCAGCCCAUGAAGGAAUUACGUGUGAAGAAUGCAUAUGUGGAGUACAAGGAGAUACAAGCAGCACAGGGUGUCAAGAUAGCAGCAAAGGAAUUAGAAAAAGCAAUUGCAGGGCUCAAUUUGCUAGUUGCACAAAAGCCAGAUGAAGUGGACAUCUUGCGAGAUGAAGUUGCAAGAGAAUUGCGUUCAGCUUUAAGCAAAAUAAAGCUUGCUGAAAGAGGGGUGUAUGUGCAGGCAUCUACCCUUGGUUCACUUGAAGCAUUGUUGGAAUUUCUGCGAACUUCCAAGAUACCAUAUUCCAACAUACGAAUUGGACCUGUUGUAAAGAAAGAUGUAAUGAAAGCGUCGACCAUGCUGGAACAUGAGAGCCAGUAUGCUACAAUUUUGGCUUUUGAUGUGAAAGUCGAGCGAGAUGCCCAAGAGCUAGCAGAUACCGUAGGCGUGAAAAUAUUUCAAGCAGAUAUUAUAUAUCACCUCUUUGACAAGUUCAUGGCAUAUCGAGAAGAACUACGACAAAGGAAGAGAGAGGAAUUUAAGCAUAUUGCAGUGUUUCCUUGCAAGUUGAAGGUGUUACCUCAGUAUAUAUUCAACUCUCGCGAUCCUAUUGUGAUGGGUGUGAUGGUUGAAGCAGGAAUUGUCAAAGAAGGAACUCCUAUAUGUGUACCAAGUAAAGAUUUUGUUGACUUGGGCAUUGUUACAAGUAUUGAAGUAAACCAUAAAAAUGUGGAGAGUGCACGCAAGGGCCAAGAAGUAUGCAUCAAGAUAGAGCCAAUUCCCGGAGAAGCUCCGAAGAUGUUUGGUCGCCAUUUUGAUGAGAAGGAUUUCCUAGUCAGCAAGAUUUCAAGACAGUCAAUUGAUGCUUGCAAGGACUACUUCAGAGAUGAUUUAGUGAAGACAGACUGGCAGCUCAUGGUUGAGCUGAAGAAACUUUUCCAGAUUCUGUAGUAGUGGGUAGGUAUUAUUAAGACUGAGAGAAAAAUUUGUAUCAUGCACGCCAUUUAUCAUAUUGCUUUACCAGUUUUGUAUAAAACUUAGCAUAAAAAGUAGAUAUUUGCUGCAAUUUACCCAUUGUAUAGUAGCCUUUUUUAUGUGCUGUCAUAAAGAAAGAUACUGUUUUAAAUAAAGAGUUUUAAGAAUCUAUUAUAUAUACCUCGUAGUAAACAUACAUUAUAUGCUCAUCCAGAAAUGGAUUUAGCCAAUGUUGAUUCAGAAAAAAAAACCAAAAAAGUACCCCACUAAAUUUAUAGUUUAUUCCAGUUUCCUAAUUUCAGUUAAUUACUCCUUGAUUGAUGCUAUAAAUUUGCCGUUGUUUCUCCUGCAGCAUCCUGAUGCAGUCUUCCAGAGAUUUUCUUCUGCAUGCUAGGUCUUAACACACAGUGUGUGACCAAUGUUUGCGUCUGAUAAUGUAGCCUUGCCAGCUUAGUGUGGCAUAAUUGUUCAGUGAUCCAUGAUAUAUUGUGGUCUGAGCAGUGAAAAUCUUGCAUUAUGAGUUCAGAUCUGUCUGAUGUGGGAGCAAGAUGGGAAAAAUCUCAUGUUUUUAGUUCUUGGUUGAGGCUGCAGAGCAACUUCUCUAUUUAUAUAAAAUGUUUUGAUGUUUUGUAUGUAUGAAUAUAGGUAUAGUAUAUCAGAAGAAUAUAUAUUGAAGUAUAUAUAAAAUCUGCAAACUAUUUAAGCAAAUUAUGUACAUUUUUUGCAACUGAAAAGAGCCUAGUUUAUACUUAUACAAAUCUUUGUUGAGGGUGUGAGCAAUGAUAGUAUUACUGUUAAAACUAACUAGUGGAUGCAGGUAAACAAUUUUAGGUGAUCUCUCUUAGGAGUGUUCACCAGAUUACUCUCCCAACGCCUUUCUUUUGCAGGGAGCUCUCUCUUUGAUCUUCCUAAUCAUAAUUAUUGUCCAAAUUGACACACUUAUUGAAAAGAAACAAAGUACUUUGUGGUAUUUUUAUUUUAUAAUCAUGUAAUUCAGGGAAAUUGCUGCGAUUUGAAGUUUGCAAAUAGAUAUUAUGCUUUUUUUAUCUUCUGAAAAAUACUCUUUCUCUUUGAAAUGGAUUAUAGUUGCACAGUAAUCUUAACAGUUAGCUUGUUUUGGCUCUUUCAUAUAUUAUCUCUCUCUCUUCUUUUCUUUUUAAUUGUGUUCCAAACUCUUCGUGGUUCUGCUGCAUUGUGUUGCUUCAUCCUAUUGUUAAUCUUAUACAAAUUCAGUAUAAUAUGAAAUAAUCAUAUUUUUCUAUUCAGUACUAUAAAUUUUGUUUUUUCACUGUUGCAAAAUUUUACAAGUAGUAUAAGAAUGUACUGGCACAGAUGUUAGUUUUUGUGUUUAGAAGAGAGAGAAUUCAGUCAAGAAUGUGAAGGUAAAUAAAGAAUGGUAGAAAUUUUGAUUCAGUAUUUCAGCUGUAGCAACAUAUUACAAUGAGAUCAGAAAAGCAACUAGAUUUUUUUUAAAGUUAAGAUAUAUUUCAUAUUAGAUUUAACCAUGCUUAAAGGGAUGCAUGAUUCCCAUACCAUCCUCAUCUGUUUCACAUGUUGAUUGUCUUGUAAUAUCAGAUGAGACUGAGAUGUGAACUAUCAAUUUGUUUAUGUUUUCUCACUCUAGGGAAAUAGUUUGUUUUCCUGUUUAUAGAAAAUUGCAGCAGAUCCAUGACUGUGGAGACACCUAUUGUCAUAUUUAUGUGUAUGUAUUCUUAAGCACUAAAAGAUCAAAUUAUCCAUUGCCCCAGAAUUACAUUAUUUUUGAAAGAUGUGAAUGUUUUACAAUUUUUUUAAUACACAAAAGUCUUGUUUUAAUGCAGCUUGUGGUAAUCAUGUACUUAAUUUAUGAAGAAUUAGUUUUUUCUGUCAUUUAACUGAUAUUUUUGUCUGUGAUGGAAUAUGUGUGUUUGGGUGAGAUCGUAAUUUGCCAUUGCAUAGCACUGUAACAUUUGCAGAAAUGCUGUUCAUUCUGGUGUCACUGGUUAACAAUAACAGCUGUAAUAAUUGUUUGAAAUAAAUGAAAAUUGAACUACAUGAAA